GUCCUGACAGCUUUCGGCUACGGCGUAACUUAAAAUGAUCGUGCUGCAGCGUCUUUGAUCUACAAGAACUACAACUCACUUUCACGACCGAAAAGAUGCUGCAGUCGAGGACAGUCGAGAAAGCUCGCCAGCGCGCUCGAGCGCGCCUCGCCGCUAACAGGCAAGACGGCGCGUCUGCAACUCCUGGAGUUUCACAACAAGGUUCUUCCAACAUUGUGACUCGUCUAUGCUUUCGUCCAGUCGCCUCGUGUGUGAGAUGGUUUUGCAAGUGCCUCACUGGAGGAAGCUCUGGAUCGAACACAAGCGAGUCUAUAGCUCCUGGAGAAAUGGGAGAUCCUGGAAGUGAACAAAAUCGUUUAAAACUAGCGUCUCGCGAAGAAUUUCAUAUCGAAAAUUAUCCGAGAAUCCGUGCAGUGCUGAGUCCUGCAGUGCUGAGUCCUGAUAGAAACGGACCUGCUGGUGGCUCCUCUGGGAAAGUUGUGACUGGUACCUUAGUACCAAAAGCGGGGGGUUCUUCCAAAGAGAUAGACAAAGACCCCAAGGAAGAUCCAGAUGACGAGGCUUCCACAACAAGUAGGAUUAAGGCUCAGCUUUCAGUGGUCACUGAGAUCUUCGAAGGGGCUCUUUUCAGAGAACAGGGGAAAACAGAGGGAGAACAAGUUGUAGAGGGGUAAUAACUACGGGCCCUUUUCUUUCAGCAUCAGUGACCAAUGAAUGUCGACGUUUAAUAGGAGCACCAGGGCAGAGGAAAGCCGACAGGAUCCGGAGUCGUCGCCGUCUUCGUCUGCAGAACAAGUUGGAGUUGAGACAUCCACACGUGCACCUUCUCCUACACCAGCAGGCACCUUCAGUAUCAUGAAAUGGCAAAGCACUGCCCUCACGGAUUCUAUUCUAGACAUCCUCGGUGCUGACGGGAGGAGCGAUUCCUUCGGCGAUAUGGAUAUCACGACUGGGAGGUUUUAUGGCAUGAACAUGAAGAUAAGGAACGAAGACUUCCAGAAAGCAGCGGUUGAAAUUUUUCAAAAUAUUUUGGGCUACAUGGGAGACUUCUACAACCAGGAAAGAACGAUGAGGCCUGGAGGCUUUGCAGUUCGAAUCUUUGACAUCAUAUUGGAAACCGUAGGAGCAGCGGAGGAAAUAUCAACAGGGGCUAAACGAGUGCAAGAACUACUCGCUGAUGAGAUCUACUUGCAAAUCAUUAAACAAUUGACGGGGAAUAAAAAGCAGACCUCAGUCGCCAGAGGCUGGCAAUUGAUGUGCUUGUUGCUCUCUUCGAAUCUGAAACCAAGCAAAAAAUUCGAAAACUACAUGCUCAACUUCUUGUUGUCGAAAAAAGACACGAAGGGUGCGAUUGGUACAUUUUGCCAUUUUUCUAUGCGUUGUUUAGAGGACAUGCUUGAGCUUGUGGAUGAUGAGCAACGAGAAGCAGAAACAACUUCAGCACUACUCACAGCUCCGAGAGGGGUAGAUGCCUCUCAACGAGAACUAGAAGGUCCACCACCACUACAGACUCCAACUCUUAGCAAGGUCAAAGCCUUUCUCGAUCGUCCACCGAUUGUCGCUCAGAUCACUCUAGCAGAUGGAGAAGUGUUACUCCACGACCUACCGAUCUCGCCAGACGUCAAUGUAGCAGCAGUCACGGAGAAAAUCAUCGACGUCCUCCAUCUCGCUGACCAUCCCAGAAAAACCGAUUUUGGACUCGUUGUCAUAGACGCGAGUGACAAGACAGGACGACCGUUGAGGGCUGAAGACUACAUGGGAGACAUCGUGGUUUCUUUGUCGAGGAAGAAAAGCAUUGGUGGUCAUUUCGUUUUCAAGCGGAAGAUCUAUCUGAAGAAAGAUUCUAGCGACUCGACGUCAGAGUCGGAUACUACUACCGCAGAACAAGUGGAGAUAGCCAUCAACAAAUUGAUGUAUGUGGAAGCAAAAACCGAUAUCAUAAGAGGACAUCUGCUACUAAGCAACGAAGAAGAAGUGCUGAAUUUCGUUGCUAGGGUCACCGUGAUAGAAAAGAUGAGCACUAUUGUGGGAGGUACUGUGAUUGACAUCGUUCCGUCUCCGUGGCGUGGGAAGUAUACUGCAGGUGUUUGGGCUAGGAAAGUGAAGAAAAGCAUCAAAGACGCAACGCCGAAUCCGAGAUCGACUCCAUCUUCAAGGACAACAACUUCAAAUUCAACUUCUAGUCCGAUUUUCCCCUCACCAACGAGGUCCACCUGCACAGAUGAACAUUCAACCGCCAUCGUCGAACUGUCGAACAGCAAAAGUUUAGCUGGGCAUUUUGGUGUUGGGAAUCAUUUUUUCUACGAUCUGUUCAGGAAAGAUGCAAACUAUGAACAAGGUCAACUUGCAAAAUUGGACAGAAAAACCGCAGAAGAAUGCCUAGAUCUCAUUCCGAGAAAGUGUAUUUUGGUCGUGAAUUCAACAGGAAUACAUUUCUUGGAUUCGAGGGUGGACGAGGGUAAUGCUACAGCUGUGAGUACAACAUCUGCCAGUGGUGCAACCUCAUCUGCGACCACAACAUCAGCAUCUGUACCAGCAGGUCCUCGCACAACAAGACAAGUCGCUACGUCUUUCGAUUACGGGAGUGUUUACCGAUGGGGUGGGAGUGCGAAAGAAUUUACUCUGGUGCUGUUCGAUAAAGAGAGGGAUGCUGCGUUUGACCUAGUAUUAGAGACGACUCAUGCAGCCGGUAUAGCUGCCAUGAUUCUCGAUUACAUUAAGGCUAUUAUGGCUGAAAGAUCGAAACAGAAACAGAAUACUGCAACUACUUCAUAG